UAUCCUACAGUGUUCCGGCGAGCUUCUUGAGGGGAGCUUAUGACUACCGGCGCAGUAACUAGUCAAGCGACCGCUGCUGCUGAGAGCAGUUCCGUUAUACUUGGGACAGAAUUUUCCCUACAUGCUCGUGAUGCAAGGUUUUCUUGUUGGAUUGUAACCCCUUCCUAUGUUUUCAGAUGACUCUGAAAUGGCUCUUUUAAGCGAAGAACAGUUGGAUGGGCGGCUGUCACCUGAGCUAUGGCCCGAGCCAAUACCUGGAGUUAUGGAAUUCGCUGCGCUCCUUUCGCCUGCACACACAAGGAGCACAAAGCCAAAGUGGGCUCUGGACGAAGACGGCCUAGUCAUGCUGCAAGGCCAGAGAACACACCUGGGUCACACUGUGGGGCAACCGUGACGAUUGGAGCAGUCGGACAAGCCGAAGCCGUUGCAGUGGCGGGCUCGUCACCGGGAGAACUUGGCAGCUUGACUGCAGCAGCACUGCUUGAAAAAGUAAAGGACCUUCAGAACCUUGCAUACAAGCUGGGAAUUGAAGAAUCUCGGGAAAUGACAAGAGGUCGCUUCCUAGACAUUCUUCGCAAGGAUAAAGAAGAGGAACAAGAGGUGCUGGUGUACAGUGACGGAAAGAAAUGUUUGGAAAGGCGGCUGUGCGUUUGAUAUGCACAGGGAUGCCUUGUCGUUAUUUGGUCAUGAUCAUGGGCACUGCAAGUGGAGGACUCCGUUAGGCCCGGCUGCACUGCUGUUUGUUGGCUUGAGUUCAUCUGGCCAUUCGCAUCCACCAGUGAAGCAAAUCUCGCACUACGGGAAUGAUUUUGCCAGGGUGGAAAGCGUAUGCACAUUGGAGAUCCUUGCCAUCACAUGCAUGUUGUAUUUAGGUUACAAAUUACUAAACUUGAUUGCAGGUCUAAGAAAUGUAGCGUUAGUAACUUAUUACUGUUACUUGUCGACCAAUAUGUGUGCUGUGUUUUCAUUGAGCAGAUAGUGAAACAUGCACACAUGUCUCAUUGUGCAAAGCUUUGUGCUGCAUAAAUAAUAGCACACUACAGAAUCAUAUUAAUUACUCUACUUUAUGGCAAGUUGAAUUAAUUUACAUUUAGUAACAUCUUCAGUUGAAGCAAAAUGCAUGCUGACUGAAUGUUUCAAUUGAACAGUCGAUAAGUGAGCUAAUAAAGGGGAGCAUGCUUCCAUUGCACAAAAUUAUAGAAUAAAAAAAAUUGAACACUCAACAGAAUUAUGUAUAUAGCAUAUCAGCUACAGUACUUCAUGGCAAAUUUAUUAAAUUUACCUUUAUUAACUUUUUUCUUUUAAGCAAAAUGCGUGCUGACUGAAUGCUUCACUCAAACAGAUGAUAUUUGAGCUAAUAAAGGGGUGUAUGCACA